CGUUUGCGUUUACUAAAUAAAAAAAUCUUGUCUUUGGUCUAGUGAUAUGUCAUAUCGGAGUUUCGUAUUUGUGUUGUUGAAAAAAGUAAUUUAAUAUGUCUCUAGCUGUAUGUUAUUAUGGAGAGUGCUGGAGCCGAACAUGACAAGAACGGAUCGGCGGCUGAAACGUUCUGGAGGACUCCGCAGAGGGUGCCGGGCAGGCCUCGCACGGUCGAGCACAGCGAGGUUAUGUCGGGCUCGUCCUACCAGCAGUUCCAGGCGUCCGUCAACGACGCCUGGGACCUCGGCGACGACGACGUCGUGUCCGGCAUUUCGGACGCCAGGAUAUCCAGGGCCAUAUCGCAGACGGCGGCCCUGAACGUGAUCAACUCGCACCGGAACGCGACCAGGAACGACGUGAAAGUGGCGGGCGAGGCGGUGCAGCCGCGCGCGGAGGCGGCGGCGGCGCGCAAGGCGGGCGGCGGCGCGGGCGCCCCGCUGCGCCACUACCCGGGGCGGCCGCGGCCCGUGCGCCUGUCUGCGCUCGCGUCGCGCGACGACAGCAGCGAGAGCAAGUUGGAGCGCUUCCAGCAGCUGCUGGACAGCGCCGUGCUGGACCUGGACGAGCUCAAGCAACUCAGUUGGUCGGGGAUACCCACUAAAGCGCGAGCGGUGACGUGGCGGCUGCUGGCCGGCUACCUGCCCGCCAGCGCGGAGCGGCGCGCCGACACGCUGGAGCGCAAGCGCGCCGACUACCGCCACCUGGUGCGCCAGUACUACGACGCCGAGCGCGAGGAGGACACCUACCGCCAGAUCCACAUCGACAUCCCGCGCAUGAGCCCGCUCGUGGCGCUGUUCCAGCAGCCCACUGUGCAGGUGAGUGGAGCCGACUACCGCCACCUGGUGCGCCAGUACUACGACGCCGAGCGCGAGGAGGACACCUACCGCCAGAUCCACAUCGACAUCCCGCGCAUGAGCCCGCUCGUGGCGCUGUUCCAGCAGCCCACUGUGCAGGUGAGUGGAGCCGACUACCGCCACCUGGUGCGCCAGUACUACGACGCCGAGCGCGAGGAGGACACCUACCGCCAGAUCCACAUCGACAUCCCGCGCAUGAGCCCGCUCGUGGCGCUGUUCCAGCAGCCCACUGUGCAGGUGAUGUUCGAGCGCAUCCUGUACAUCUGGGCGAUCCGGCACCCCGCGUCCGGCUACGUGCAGGGCAUCAACGACCUGGUGACGCCGUUCUUCAUGGUGUUCCUGCAGGAGGCGGCGCCGGGGCAGGAGCUGGACAACUUCCCGCUGGACAGCCUGGCGCCGCGCCAGCGCGACAUCAUCGAGGCAGACUCCUUCUGGUGCCUCUCCAAGUUCCUCGACAGCAUCCAGGACAACUACAUCUUCGCCCAGCUCGGCAUACAGUACAAGGUGAACCAGUUGAAGGAGCUGAUCGCGCGCAUCGACCGGCCGCUGCACGAGCACCUGCAGCGCCACGGCGUGGACUACCUGCAGUUCUCCUUCCGCUGGAUGAACAACCUGCUGACGCGCGAGAUCCCGCUGCCCUGCAGCAUCCGCCUGUGGGACACCUACCUCGCCGAGUCCGACGGCUUCGCCACCUUCCAGCUGUACGUCUGCGCCGCCUUCCUGCUGCACUGGCGCGAGCGCCUCGUGCUGGAGAGGGACUUCCAGGGGCUGAUGCUGCUGCUGCAGAACGUGCCGACGCACAACUGGACGGACUCGCACAUCGGCGUGCUGGUGGCGGAGGCCUACCGCCUCAAGUUCGCCUUCGCGGACGCGCCCAGCCACCUCACGCGGCCCGCGCCCGCCGCGCCCAGCAGCUGACCGCGCGUCGGCUCGCCGCGCGCCGCGCACGCGCCGUGACGCGGACUGCCGCCUACUGGGGGUACUCGCCGUACUUGGACGGUGCGCGACCAGGUUUACACAAUAUGUCGGUGCACUGUUCGAUGACGUACCCCCCGUCGACGUAGGAUUCUUCGAGUGAACAUCCCUCAUCCUGGAUCUAUGAAACCUGACCCUGGAUAGUAUACUGGUACCUCACUCAUAUCGGCAAUAAGAGAGCGAGAACAUGUUCUCCCGUACUCCUCUCGCUGAUAUGGCGCGCCACGAGGGAGCUCUCCUCCCGGACGACCCUCAAGAAGCUUCGCUUCAAAAACGUCGCGCGUCUGAUUAAUUAUUAUUAACAUUUCACAAAGGAAGUGACCUUCAUACAGCCCAAACGGCUUUGCCUACCCUUCAUUUGUAUAAAAAACAUUUAAGUAUGAAUUACUAUCAGCGAAUCUUAACGCAGAAGCAGAACAUACGUAGUUGCGAUUGAUUUAGUUUGUUGAACAGUUGAAAAUUGUUACAAAUUUUUAUACCAGUAAAUAAAAUAAAUAAUUAAUAAGAUGAUUGACUCGAGUUAAAGUUUUGUGACUUAUAUUGGCUGAUGUCACGUGGAGUAUGUAAUAUUUUAAAUUAAUUGAUUCUCAUGAAAGUAUUGAGUAUCUGAGGCUACUGAAACUGACACGUAUUAGCACUAAUGGUGGUUGUCACUUGUCAAUCGUGCUUGAGCAGAAAGUGUGAUUUUGUAUCAAAGAUCCAGUAAUUAAAAAUGCCUGAUACCUAAUCUUAUUUUUAAGUCUGGUGGCUAUAUUAUUGAAUAUCCGCCAAAUGACAGGCCUAUCGUUUAAUGCAGCUUAGAUUACGGCCCCAAUCGGCAAAUGGUUUGUUUCAGCAUUGGGCAAGUCAACUGGCCACACUUACAGGGUGCGGCGAAUGUUUUGUGUUUGGCGAAUUUUUGAAUAAUUUUGGCAAAUUAGCCGGCCGGCAGACGCGACGUUCUGUGUGGUUCUGUGACAAAAUAAAAAGAGAACAUUUUACACCAAACUUUGUAGACCAGAGCACUAGAUAAAAACAGACUGGUAUUUGGAAUAUAUCCCGGAUAAGAAAGAAAAACGUUCAAUUCUUAAGACUAUCGUCUAGUGACAAAACGCAACGCGAGGAGGUUUUUCAAAAAUGCUUUCUGUUUCACGCCGCUUGGCUGCCCUCUCCGUAUCGUGCGAUAAAGAGAGUUGCAAGUCCAUUUGCCUACAUUUUAUUCUUGAAAUAUUAUUUCGGGUGAUAACGGUUUUUACACCCCCGAACGUUUUCAAAAUUAUACAAUUUUGGUCCCAUUAGAUUCAGUACACCUUAAUCUAGGCUCGUUCGUUUUUUUUUUUUUGGUAUUUUAGUUUAGUUAAAUUAAAAA